AUGAAUAACGAAAAGGCCAGCGAGCCUUUAAACAACAACAACAGCAGCAGUAACAAUAACAAAAGCAAUAUUAAUAAUAAUGAUAAUUCCUCUUCUUCACCAAACCAUAAAAAAUCAUCUUCAAGUGGAUUUGGAUAUGUUGUUGAUACAGUUUUAAAUAAAGUUUUAAGAUCAUUAAUUAAUAAAAAUAUAAAAUCAUUGUUAGUAAACCCAAUACAAAAAUCCGAAUUUGAAACCAGAAUUUUAGAGUCUCAUAAUGUAAUAUUAAAGAAUGUUGUUUUCGAUCAAGAGAAAUUAAAACCCAAGUUAGUUGGGCUCCCAUUCAGUCUUGGUAUGAUAAAAGUUGCCGAGAUUGAACUAACCAUUCCAUUCGAUGAUCUCUUUAAAAAAUCAAUUAAUGUUUCAAUUAGUGGUUUAGAGGUCGAGAUAAUGCCAUUAGAUAUUAGUAACAACCCAUCUAAUUCUGCCUCUGCUGUUGCAAAAGAAAAAUCUCAAGAUGAAGCAUUAAAGGAUUUAUCAAAUAGUAUAUAUGAAGAUGAGGACGAAAAUGAAAAUGAAAUCGAGGUUGCUGAAAUGCAUAGUUCUAUUAGUUUACCGUUAUUAAACAAAUUAGAAUUAAUGCUAAAAAAAAUUUUAUAUGGCAUCAAUAUAGAAAUUGAAAAUUUUUCACUCUUUUUAAUAGAUAGUAAUAAUAAUAGCAAUAAUAAUAACAGUAUUAAUAAUAAUAAUAAUGGAUUUGUCGAAAUCAAUAUUAUGAAAUCAAAAUUUGAAUAUAUUUUAGAUUCAAAUAAUGAUAUUCAAUUAAAAGAACCAAUUUAUCCAGACCAGCAACAACCACAACAACAAGAAAAACAACAAGAAAAUGAUAAUGAUAAACCAAAAUCAUUCUUUCAAAAUAUUAUGAACAUGUUUUCACCAAGUAAAUUUUCAGGUAGAGGUGGUAGCUUAACUGAUAUUUUUUCAACACUUAUCCAAUUGCCAGAUAUUAGCUUUCCAAACUAUGUUGCUCAAUUUUCAUUCCAACAGAUUUCAGUAAUUUAUCACAAGAAUGAAGGCUCUUUAUUAGAAAAACAAAGAUUUUAUUUAUUUUCAACUAAAAAGGAUGAUACUCAUUAUAUAAGAGUAGAUGAUAAUCACCCAAAUCAAGAUAGAAUUAAUAUUCAAUGCGAAUUUAAAUCAAGUAUCUAUGGCAAUAUUAACAAUAUCCAAUUGAAUGGUCUAAUUAAUCAUUUAACAAAUAUAUUUUUAAAUAAUCAACAACCACCUCCACCAACCACAUCGAAUAAUAAAAACAACAACAACAACAACAACAACAAUAAUAAUAGUAACAACAGUAAUAAUAUUAACCUACAACAAUCUUUAUUAUAUAAUAAUAAUGAGGAUAGUGAUGGUAAUCAAGUUAAAAACAUAGCCUUUGAAGACAUUUCAUCAUCCAAUCAUGAGAUCAAUUUAUUAAAUCAAAGCUAUAGCAAUAGUAGUUAUAAUAAUAAUAAUAGUAAAAUGGAUUUAAAUGAAGAGAUUGAUAAUAUCAGUAAUUUUAGUAAUGACAAUGUUCAAAAAGAUAUACAUAUCGACAUCAUCGUUCCACAAAUAUCCUAUUACUUGCAUUUACCACUUCACGAUAAUAAUAAUUGCAAGUUAAGUAAACCCAAGUUUGCAAUCCAUUUAAAUGGUAAUCAAAUGCGUUGUUACAUAAGUCGUAUUGCAGGUUUCUUAAACACCGAUAUCCAUUUCGAAUCGAUCGAUGUAGACCUACUACCAAAUGGUAUCGAAAGAAAAGAAAAUGAAGAUCUUCAACCAGGUAGAUACAAUUGCUUAAAAAUCAGUGGUACUCCAGCUAUAAAGAUAUCAAAACGUUUAGAGGUACUCAGCGAUAGCGAAAUUCACUCACUCUACCCAAUAGAUUCAUCACUUUAUACUGCCAACCCAUUCUUUCAAAGCCACUCCACUUCAUACUACAACAAUGAGCAUUCAAUCGAAGAGGCCAACAGACUAUCAACUUGCAAUAUUAAUUGCUUUUUACCGACUAUUGAUUUAAGAAUUAAAAAAUCAGAUUAUGAAAAUUUAAUUUCAUCAUUCGUAUUAUCCUCACAAGAAUCAGAAUCAACUAGUAUAUUUACAUUAUUUUCUACAACUGCACACUUCCAAUUACUAUUUGAAGAUAUGGAUGAAGUGGAAGAUAAAAAUCCAAUCGAGAAGUUUACAUUGGAUAUCAAUAGAUUCGAUCUAUUAAUGGCAAUCGGCUACCCAAAUGAAGAUUUUAAACCAAUAUCAAGUUUUACAUAUAUUUCAUUAGACCAGUUUAAUUCAUAUGUAAACUAUUAUCAAAAACCAAAUCAAAAGAAUACAAGUUCAAUUUUAUUAAAACCCGAAUUAUUUUUAACAAAUCAAUUGGUCGAAUUAAAAAACCACCAAUCUAAAAAUCAAUUUAAAAUGCCAACUGAAAUCUUUGAAGACUAUCAAGAUGAUUAUAAGCAACAACAACCACAACAACCAAAUAAUUCAGAUGACGAAGACUACAAUAACUUUAUGUCAAAAGAUGAUUAUCUAUACACAUAUUGUGACUCUCUAGAAUUUCAAGAUUCAAAGACAUUUAUCGCUUUUGGUUCAAUUUGUUUCGUUCCAUCAAUGUUAUUUAUAAAUAAAUUUAUAAACUGGGUUUCAAUUUCAAAUGAAAACAAUACUAUUGAAGAUCAAGAUCAGAAACUAAAACAACAACAAAAACAGAAACAAAUUAAACAAGAAAAUAGUAUAAUUAAUUUAUAUAAUAUUGUAAUUCAUUUUGGAUCACAUAAUUCACCAAGACUAAAAAUAUCAUCCAGCUCAAUGGUAAUUUUACAACUAUUUGAUUCUGGCGAAGAUGAGGUCCUAGAGUUUCAAAUGCAUCAAACAAAGAUUUCACUCAGGGAACUAAACUAUAAGAACCAAGAAUAUAAAACAAUUGGUGAAUCAUACAAUUCAAAAGAGUUACUAUUCCUAUUAAAAAUGAACCCAGAAAAGAAAUGCUCAAAGAUUGAGAUCAUAGAACACUCUUACGAUAUUACAAUGACAAAGAAAGAAUUUACAAUUUUGAAAUCAUUAUUCCCAAGAUUUUUAAAUAGACUAUCAUCACUAAUGGUUAUUAAAGAAGAAAAGGUUGAACCAAAUCCAGAAACUAUUACAAAAAUUAUUGAUAAGAUUGAUAAGAUUCAUAUAAAUACUGACUACGAAAUAGACCAAGAUUUUAAAAUCACCCCAAACAGAUCUCCCUCCCACUCCUCUAUGCCAAACCCAAAUGUCACAAAACCACAGCAAUCAUCUUCUCAAUCGUCAACAAAUAAAGAGAAUAUAGAAAUAUCAAACCAUCAAUCAAAAAUACCAGAUUUUCAAAUUUUUAUUAUAGAUCUAGUACUUUAUAUUCAUAUAGUAAGCAAUGAUAAUAAUAGUAGUAUAGUAUUAGAAGCUCAUAUUUCAGAUUUAGUACAUAAUACUUAUGAUCAAAGCAAAAAAUCAGAUGAUCUUAAUAAUAGUCUUAAUGAUAUAUCUCUUCAAAAUAAUUAUAAUAAUAAUAAUAACAAUAUCAAUAAUAAUAACAACUUAUUAAAAAGUAUUAGGGACUACGAUAGUCUAUUGGUUGUUAAUAUCAGCUCUUUAUUAAUUAGAGAUAAUGUUAGUAACUAUUAUCAAAAUCUAUUAGGUCCACUAAGCCAUUUCCAAAUGAUAGCAAUCGAUGACUUUGAAAUUGAUGAUAGCGAAAAAGAAAGAAAAAAGAAGCAACAACAAGAAAAGCUAUUAAAACAAAAAGAGAAUAUACUUUCAUUUAUAUUUGCCACUAGAAAAGAUCCAUUCAAUAGGGUUUAUCAUAAUUUAAAAUUACACAUCUCCCCAUUAUUUUUAGAAUUUCAUCAAAAAUCUGUCGACUUUUUACUAUACUUUUUCUCAUCCGACGAACUCUAUAAUAGUUUUGAUAGUAAUAAUCAGCAGCCACAACAAGAACAAGAAAUUUAUUAUGAUGAGUUUGAAAUCCACCCAUUACAAUUUAAAGUAGAUUAUAAACCAUCAUCAAUUUUAUCCAACCACAGUUUUAUUCAAGGCGGUUUUGUUUGGGUAUUCCAAAUGAUACCACUAAAUGACGCUUACUUUACAUUACCACCUAUUCAUAUCCAUGAUAUUGGUAGUAAAGAGCUAUCCGAAAGUAUAAUGUCAAUUUAUUCACCCCAUUUAUUUGGUAAAAAUAUAUUCCAAUAUUUAGGAGGUGUAACACCCAUUAGUAUUGGUAUUGGCAUUGGAAAAUCAAUAUUAGGUCUCAUUAUUCAUCCAAUUAAAGAAGCUAAAGAUAGUGAAAAUGUUAUUGCAGGCUUAGGUAAAGGUUUAACUAAAGGAAUGAAAAAAAUCACUGUUGAACUUUUAACAACAUCAUCAAAAGUUACAGGUUUUGCUUCAAAAAUAUUUGGUACUCUUAAUAAUCAAGCAUCACAUAAUCAAUCAAUCUGGACUAGCCAACCCGAAAAUUUAACUGAAGGCGCUAAAAAAGGUAUGUCCAAAAUAUUUGGUGGCUUUUACAAUGGUGUUAAAAGUGUAAUCGAUCCAUUCUCGCAAUCUACUGGCCCUAUUAACUUUUUAAAUAACAUGUUUUGGGCUGUACCUGGUCUCAUAGUUAAUCCAAUUUUGGGUAUUAGUGAUGGAAUAACAUUCUUUUCUUUAGGUUUAAGAAAUAGUUUAGAUUAUACAAGAAUCGAAUUAGAAAGAAAAAAAUUCAAACCAAAAACUUUAAUCAAUAGAAAUAACCAUAGCAAUAAUAAUAAUAAUAACAACAACAAUAACAAUAACAACAAUAUCAAUAAUAAUAAUAUGGAUAAUCAUAAUGUGGAUAAUAAUUAUUUAAAAUCAACCAAUAUUGACUUUUAA